AUGUCUUCGCUUUGGAAUGCCUUCACCGGCGGCAACAAGCCGCGCCAGCAGCAACAAGAACAGACACAUGUCUUCGAUGCGCCGGCCCCUUCAUCGCCGACUGCCUUCGACCCGUCGCAGGGCCAGGGAGUUGAGGCCUUCCUCCAGAACUCUUCAUUCGCUGAUCCCUCACAACUGCAUCCCCUUGCCGGACUGAACAAGGACACUCUCGAGUACCUGAGCCUCGAGGAUUCUGCUCUUUCCGAGCUCCCUGGUGGCCAGUCCGUCCUGCCGUCACGAGGGUUUACCGAUGAUCUCUGUUACGGUACCGGUAUCACAUAUUUGACGGCGCUGUCGAUAGGAGGCGCUUGGGGUCUGCAAGACGGCCUGAAGAAGUCUGUUGGACAGCCUCCCAAGCUGCGAAUGAACGCUAUUCUCAAUGGCAUGACACGGAGAGGACCCUUCCUGGGUAACUCGGCUGGUGUUGUCGCCAUUGUGUACAACUGCAUCAACUCGUUGAUUGGUAGCCUUCGUGGCAAACAUGACGCUGCCAACACGGUUGCUUCUGGUUUCCUUAGUGGUGUGGUUUUCAAGAGCACCCGUGGUGUUCGGUCAAUGAUGAUUUCUGGUGGUGUUGUCGGCUCCGUUGCCGGCGUCUGGGCUAUUGUACGACGAUCAUUCUUCCCUAUUCCUGAGCCUGCGGCUCCUAUUGAAAACCUGUGA